AUGAAUGACGGGCAAUUCGCAACGCUAGCGGAUCCACAGCGCCCAGGAACCGCAAACACUCUGCAACCGAAGACUUGUGGCUCGCAAAUCACAACAACGUACGGUCGAUCGCUCAAAGGUCUACGACGAUUGGCCGUUGUGCUUCCUGUUACUGUGGGCAGCCUGCACCCACAGAACACGAGGACACCGCUGUCGACUGAAGCGGAGACACGGCGACUUCGUCCGAGUUCCGGCGACGAAAGACUACGAUCUUAA